AUGAGUCUCCAAAACGCAAACAAAGUCGACGCCCUCAUUGUCGGCGCCGGCUUCAGUGGAGUCGGACAAGCCUACGCUCUGCGCAAUCUCGGGCUUUCCAUCAAGCUGGUCGACUCACUUCAUGAUGUCGGAGGAACAUGGCUCACGAACACAUACCCUGGAGCCCUGAGCGAUACGGAGAGCUUUGUCUAUCGCUUUUCGUGGGAUAAGGAAGAUUUGCAAACCUAUCCCUGGAACCGUCGAUACCUCAAACAGACGGAAAUUCUGCAGUAUCUGAGACACUUCGUCGAGAAGCAUCAUCUUCGUCAGUACAUGCAGUUCAAUACCGAAAUGCUCUCAGCUGCGUGGAAUGAAGAGAAUAAUUUCUGGGAGAUCAAACUCAGCACGGGAGAAAACUAUCAGGCGCGCUAUUUCAUCGCUGCAUUGGGCCAGUUGUCCAGAGUGAACCUGCCUCGCAUUCCCGGAAUCUCGUCCUUCAGUGGACAGAUCACGCAUUCGUCCCACUGGCCCGAGGGCGCUGAUAUCACGAACAAGCGCGUUGGUGUUAUUGGGUGUGGUGCCAGCGGAGCCCAAAUCAUUACCAACGUUGCGCCGGUUGCUGCCUCUCUGACUGCCUUUAUUCGACAUCCGCAAUACACGGUUCGCGGGAAUGACAGAGCGGUCACUAAGCAGUACAGAGAGUGGGUGAAUGAACACUACGACCAAAUCUGGGAACAAGUCCGAAACUCGCAAAUUGCGUUCGGAUAUGUCGAGUCUAACCGUCCGUUCUUUUCCGUGAGCCCCGAGCAGCGUGAGGAGGUCCUGGAGGAUCUGUGGAACAACGGGAACGGCAUGCGUUUCAUGUUUGAACAUUUCUGUGAUAUUACCACCAACAAUAAGGCCAACGGCGCAGUAUGUGAUUUCCUUCGCCGGAAGAUCCAGCAGAUCGUCAAGGAUCCGGAGAAGGCUCGCAAACUUAUUCCCAACGAGCCCUUUGCUAGGCGCCCCGUGGCCAAUGACGGUUACUACGAAACAUACAAUCGAGAAAACGUGGCAAUUGUGGACCUGAAGGAGACCCCGAUCGCUGAAGUCGUCCCCGAAGGGAUCCGCACUGAGGACGGAACUGUGCACGCACUGGACGUGAUCGUGUUUGCCACCGGAUUUGACGCUGUUGAUGGCAAUCUGAAUCGAGUGGACAUUUCCUCCCGGGGUAAAAAGCUCAGAGACAUCUGGGCGCAUGGCCCAAGAACGUAUCUUGGAAGUUUCUCAGCCGGAUUUCCCAACAUGUUCAUGGUAAACGGGCCUCUGAGCCCAUUCGGGAAUGUCGUGCCAGCGAUAGAAGCCACUAUCGAGCUGAUCACGAAUGUCAUCGAGCGUGCGGAACUUGCCAGGACGGAGCACGGCGCCGGAGGAGUUGUUGAAGCCACCCCUCAGGCCGAGGAUGAAUGGGUUGAUAAGUGCAACAAGGCCGCUGAGGGGAGUCUAUUUAACGAUUUCAAGGAUUCUUGGUUCUCGGGAGGCAAUGUCCCUGGCAAAGCUAUCGGAGUACGAGCGUACUUUGGUGGAAUGAAGAGCUUCCGAGCCUUCGGUAUUGAUGCCACGAAGAAUACCUGGAAGGGAUUCAAGCCACUCAACUAA